AUGGUGUUAUCUCUCAAUAGCACGGGGACCCAGGUGACUGAGUUCCUGAUGAUCUGCUUCCCAGAAAUGCAGGCCACACAGCAUUGGCUAUCUAUAGUCCUGGCUCCUCUUCUGGUUUUGGCCAUUGGGGCCAAUUUUGUGCUCUUACUCGCCAUCCGGCUUGAAGCAUCUCUGCACGAGCCCAUGUACUACCUGCUUGCCAUUCUCUCCUUCCUGGAUGUCAUCCUCUGCCUCACCGUCGUUCCCAAGGUCCUGCUCAUCUUCUGGUUCAACAUGAAGCACAUCAGUUUUGUAGGCUGCUUCCUACAGAUGUUCAUCAUGAAUACAUUUCUUCCCAUGGAGUCUUCCACCUUCAUGGUCAUGGCCUAUGACCGCUACGUGGCCAUCUGCCACCCGCUGCGCUACACAUCCAUCAUCACUGACCAGUUUGUCAUUAAUGCAGUGAUCUACAUUGUCUUCCGCAAUCUGCUGGCCACACUUCCUACACCAGUUAUGGCUGCCAGACUCAACUACUGUGCCAGCAACGUGGUGGAGAAUUGUAUCUGUGCCAACAUUUCUGUAGCAAGGCUCUCUUGUGACAAUAUUCACCUAAACAAACUCUACCAGUUUGUAAGUGUUUGGUGCCUACUGGGUUCUGAUCUGGUACUCAUCUUGCUGUCCUACUGCUUCAUCCUGAGGGCUGUUGUACGUUUGCAGUCGGGUGGUGCAGCCACCAAGGCAUUGAGUACGUGUGGUUCCCAUCUCAUUCUUAUACUUUUCUUCUAUACAUUGCUGCUAGUCUUCAUCUUCACAAACAAGUUAGGAAAGAAGGUGCCCGCAGGGGUACCCAUUCUUCUCAAUGUCUUGCACCACCUCAUUCCACCAGCCCUGAACCCCAUUGUUUACGGAGUACGAACCCAAGAAAUCAAGCAAGGGAUUAUCAAGUUACUCAAGUACCAGCACUGA